AUGGCUUCUCCUUUCACCGGCGGCCUCGCCUUUUGGGAUUCGCACAUUCAACAAAAUGAAGACCUCAGCGAAGGUUCAACUAGGCGUUUCUUAUUUCCGUCCGGUUUGAAUUUCUCUGCUGCUGCUGGAAAGCCGGGAGCAGCAGCAGCAGGAGCAGCAGCAGCAGCAGCAAAUGGCAUUCUUUCGGAACUCCCGAAGCCCCGGCCUUCUUCUUUGAGUCUCGAAGAGCGUUUUCAACUUUGUUUAAAAGUGGCAGAAGAAUGCGUCCAGCCAGACGAGCUGCUGCAGCUGCUGGCCCGCAAAAACUGCCCCACGGCCUACGACGGCUUCGAACCCAGCGGGCGCAUGCACCUCGCGCAGGGCCUGCUGAAGGUGCAUGCGGUGAACCGGCUGACGGCGGCGGGGUGCCGGUUCGUGUUUUGGGUGGCGGACUGGUUCGCGGGGCUCAACAACAAGCUGGGGGGCGACAGCGAAAAGAUUCGAAAGGUGGGGGAGUACUUCGUGGAAGUGUGGAAGUCUGCGGGAAUGCAAAUGCAAAAUGUUCAAUUUUUGUGGGCCAGCGAAGAAAUUGGAAAAGAUCCAGAGACUUACUGGAAUCUUGUGAUGAACAUCGCGAAGGCGAACAGCAUUUCGAGAAUUAAAAGAUGUUCGCAAAUCAUGGGACGCACUGAAGGAGACGAUCAGCCCGCCGCCCAGAUCCUCUACCCCUGCAUGCAGUGCGCUGAUAUCUUUUACUUGAACGCGGACAUUUGCCAGCUGGGCAUGGACCAGCGGAAAGUGAACAUGCUGGCGCGGGAGUACUGCGACGAAGUCAAGAGAAAACACAAACCUGUCAUUUUGUCUCACCCGAUGCUUCCGGGAUUGUUGGAAGGACAGGAAAAAAUGUCCAAGUCCAACGCGGACUCCGCGAUCUUCAUGGAGGACUCCGAGGCUGAAGUGAACAGAAAAAUCAAAAAGGCAUUUUGCCCUCCCGCGCAGGUGCACGGGAAUCCGUGCGUGGCCUACGUGGAGCGGCUGGUGUUUCCCGACAAGGAGUUCCACGUGCAAAGGACUUUGGAAAACGGAGGAAACAUAGUUUUCAAAACUGCAGAGGAAUUCAAAAGGAGCUUCGCGGCGGGCGAGCUGCACCCUGCGGACCUGAAGGCUGCACUUGCGCGCGAGAUCAACAGACAGCUCGAACCCGUGAGACGCCACUUCCAAACCGACGAAAAUGCAAAAAAACUCCUCCAAGAAAUCUCCAAAUACAAGAUCACCAGGUGA